AUGGCACGCUACAACUUCGAAGGAAAUUUCGCGAAUCUAAGUGAUCGCCAAGCAGAGUUCAUUAAUGAAGUGAUAAGAAAACAAGAUUUGAAUGUCAACAAAGUUGUUUUCCAUACAGUUGGGAAGGCUGAUGAUAAUUUCAUGGCUGAUGUAAAACGAAUCGGCAUAGAAGGUGACAAGGGAAGUAUGAAGAUGAUUGUGAAAAUUGCAUCUGCAAAUGAAAAUGUUCGUGAAUUCUCAUUAAGUGAAUACUUAUUUGGUAAUGAGCAUUUUAUGUAUAUGGAAGUACUACCUAAAUUUGUGUCACUGCAGAAAGAAGCAGGAGUACCAGAAGAAGAACAACUAAAGUACGCAAAAUGUUAUGGAUCUUUGAACGAAGCACCAAACGAAGUGGUAAUAUUAGAAGAUUUGAACGAAUCAAAUUUUAAAAUGCUGAAUAAGUUUGAAUCUCUAUCUGAUGAAUGCGUUAGAAGCAUUUUAAAGAAUUUCGCAAUUCUCCAUUCUUUGUCGUUCGUAUUGAAAUACCAAGAACCAGAGACCUAUGAAGCUUACAAAGAAAAACUUCACAAUGUGUGGAAUAUCAGAGCUGGUUUGCCAGGAGUGAAACAACAAUUUCAGAGUCUCGAAAAUCUAAUUUUGUCAACACUAGAUAAAGAAGAAUAUAGAAACGUAAUUAAAAAUACAGUAACUUGUUUACCAGAAAAUAUGUUAAAGGCUUCAAAACUCUGGGACAAUCCGUAUUCCAUCAUUCAACAAGGCGAUGCUUGGACCAAUAAUAUCAUGUUCAAGUUUGAUGGUGACGAACUACAAGAAUCAAUAAUGAUAGACUACCAAUUAUCAAAGGUCAGCAGUCCAGUCAUUGACCUUCUUUACAUGACCUUGAACUGCACCGACUAUGAGAUCAGAACCAAGAACUUUUACAGCUGGUUGGACUAUUACCACUCAGAGUUAGACAAAUCCUUGUCAUACUUCGAUUUGAAAGCUGACUUGAUUUAUCCACGGGACCAGCUAGACGCUGACAUAAAAACCUACAUCAAAUUACUAUUACCUUUGUCUUUUAUGCUGGCUAAUCUUUUGAUGAGAGAUGCAAACGAAGCUGCGAAGAUGAAAGAAGCUAUGGUAGACAGUGGUUUAGAAGGAGUUACUACGUCGAUGGUGAAUCAGGCAGUUCAGAAUGUUACGUUGCUUCGAACAAGGAAAAAAAUAGAGGGUCUUAUUGAUAGUGUCACUGAGCUAGGUUUACUCGAUAAUUAG